GUGCUAAUUUAGUCUCCUGAAAAGUGUCAGUUCUACUUUAUCUUCUCUCACGUAAAGCAAUACCUGUCGCCAUUUAUACGACCAUUUUCCGAUUCUGUUUGGUCACUUGUGUAGAGUUAAGGAAACUUCAUGAACAGGCAAACUUCCAUUUUGUUUCAUGGAGGUUUACGUAUAGGUGGGUGCAGUAAGUCAUUAGGAGGCCUUUGAACGUGCACCUCUCCCUUGCAGGUAGCUCCUCAGCCUGGUGGCUGGUUUACAGGUUACGAGGGUGAACGUAUGGAAAGACACAUUUCUUAGGAAGGAUGGUUUAAAAGGAUGGGUUUGGGCAUGAAAUCCAGAGAAGCACUACGAGGGCCACAGUUGCCCUGCAGAAGUUUCUAAUUUCCUCAAGACCCUGAGGUCCUCGCUGUUGACAGUGGCAGUCAAAGUCAGGGACAAGCCCUUGCCGAUGAUGGCACACCUCGUGCAGAGCCCCAUUCUGGCCACUUGCGCUUUGGCAGUUACUAAACCAUCCCGGGGGCUGCCUGUCUGAAUAGUGGGACCGUAGCUGUUGGAACAUUGAAUGUAUGUAAAGCACUCAGCACAGGCUCGGCGUUCAGUAGGUGUCGGCCAGCCACACCCCGUCCCCUGUCUGAGCUCGCUGGGUCUCCCUCACCAUCCACAGAGCACCCUUCCUGCCCGCCCGGCAUGGGCCUCGCUCUAGCACCUGCAAUUGUUUGGAACUUGUUUGUCACCCUUCUCUGGAUGCCCUCCUCAACGUCAGGACUUCACAUCACUCCACCUUGCAUUCUUGGCUGCUUUCCUGGUCUCGGCACCGAAUAGGCACCAAGAAUGUUUGCGGAACACACAGGUCUAUUUAAGUGAGUCCUGCAUUCUGGUUGAGGGCUGGGGAUCAUUAUUUUUAAUAAUCAGAGCAAGUGAUUCUUAGGUAGGUUUGGGAUACAUCCCUCUUUGUCUGGCUACUGUUCUGAAAACCCCUGUCCAGGUAGGAAGGGCAUUUCUAACGAUGCGAUAGACAAUGAACUAAAGCUGUUAGAUGUAAAGGGCGGAGGGGUCUUUUCAUAGUGAGUGUGUAAAAUGUACUGGAUAGAAGAAACGAAUCAGGUUGAAACGUGGGUGUUUUGAGACCUCCACUUUCCUGAUGAGCUAACGUCUUGUCAGCAAACACCAAGAAGAAACUUCCACGGGCAAAAUUUAAGUCAGAUAUGAGGGCUUCCUCAUUAGAGCUGCUUACAAAACAAAUGAAUGAACAGAAGAGUUUCCUCUUCUGUUCACUAAUUUCUGUAGAACAGAGGAGACACACUAUUCUUACCGGAUAACUGUGAAAUAACCAACUAUUUGCAAUAGUUUCUAUGAAUUUGAUUAUGUUUCCAGGACUGUUUUUCUCCAGGUUCUGUGAUAUAAUUUUUGUAAGUAGGCCAUAUCUUUAAAGAGUGAAAUGGUGCUAAGCAGAAACAUGACCAUUUUUAGGAAGAAUUGUUUCUGUGAUGAACCGCUCCAGAAUAUUAGAAAUCAAAUGACUGGGAAGUUAAAUAUUUUAGGAUAUUUUUGAGGGAAGCACUGAGAAUGUUGUUCCUCAGAGACCCUAGAAGAACGUCCUUUGCGAUUGGUCUGAUGUCCCCUGUGUCACCUGGGCCCUGGCGUGGGCCCUGCGGUCACUGCUGUGUGGAAGGUGGGGAGGAAUGACCAUGUGUCCCAUUCAGUUUCUUCUUGGUAAAUGGCUCAGGGCCCAGAGAUGUCGGCAACCUCCCCGGCUCUCUGUCUCGCCUUGUGGAGGACGGACGGGCACACGGUCGGGAGGCACGGAGCUCUUCUCUCUGUGUCUGCCAAGGCCCAGGCCCCGGCCCCGGAGGCCCUCGCUCGCCCAGUGGGUGGGUGCACGGGCGGCCAGCAGGCCUGGCAGGGGUGGGCAAGGAGGGCCUUCCAGCGGCUCGGAUGUCCUCUGGAAUGCAGACAGAGCUGGACUGACUCGGCUCAAUCUCCUGCUGGGCCACGGGAGAUCUUCACAACACCACACCCUCCUCUCCAGGAACCAUAAAAAUGCUCGCGUCAUUUUCCCACCUGGCCCCCUUUCUCUUUACCCCUCCUCUCCUUGAGAAGCUUAGCUCAGCUAACCGUAGUCGAGACCCUCCCUGCAGCGCACCGACAAGAAUUCACACUGAAUUUCAGACACUCGAGUGACACACAAACUGUUCUGAAGGCUUGAGGCUCAAUUUCUUUCUAGAAGAGUCUUUUCUCUCCUAAGAGGAAAAUAUUAUCUAUGCCUUCAACAACUUAUGUUUGUUAACAUAGUUGAGUGAAGCUCAGAUUCUUCUUCUUUUCCUGCUCUUAACCAGAUUUUUCUGUUUCACUCAUUUUUCCUCCUCUGGAUUUAUUUUGAACUCUCUUCCUUCUUUUCCUCUGCUUUAUUUUUUGCUGGAUUAAAUUCCACAUACUCUACUUUUCUACUAUGUUUUGUUCCUUUUGUUUUCCAACUUUCCUUUUAAUUCUGUUUUCAGAUGACUUUUCUCAUUCUUUUAUAUUCCAAAGGCUGUUCAAAAUCACCUAAAUAGUGUGGAAUUUUAAAGGCUUUUAGCAGAUACACUAUAUAAACUAGAUCUAAAGCCACAUAAUAUGGUGUUGAAAUAAAGUAAAACUUAAAUAACUAAUGUGGCACAUCUGAGUGAUGAGUUUAAUAGCUACUGUGUAUGUACCAUUAACUUGUAAAUGAUAACGGCUCUCAUAACUGUAAUUAGUAUCACUUUUACACACUCAAAUCCGGGUUUUCCUCUUUUGUUCAUUCUCUAUUACCUAUAUAAAUAAGCCCUGUGCUGCAUUUCCCUCAGAUCUAAUUUGCUGUUUUGAUACACACACACACACAAACCCCCACACACAUUCUGUUUGCUCAAUGGAAGACCAAGGAGCUUCCGUUCUCAGACAACCGGAGGCCAAAUCCCUGCGGUUCGGUUCGUCCGCCUUCCUCGGCCCGCCCGCCCCCAUCUGCCGUAUGCAUCGCUGCUGUCUGGGCCCGGCGUUAUCUGUGCUCAUCUCCUGUGCUCUGGUUUCCCCCGCCUUCCUGAGACCCCCCAGCCCCCUACCGUCCACCCCCAGGCGUGGUCCCGAGGGGAGGAAGGGAAGCCAUGGGGCGGAAGUGAGGACGGCCCCAAGGGGGCAGGAUCACAGCUCCUGGAAAGUUUAAGGGCUCCAAGUGCUCCAAAGCCCAAACAGAACGAGAUCGUCAUCUACGGGAUGUGCGCAGGCUAGAGCGGGUCGGGGCAAAGCGUGAUGGCAGCUGGCACAUUGCCUCGCAGGCGGCCUGUCCUGCCUAACGCUCUGAAGUUGGACCGUCAGCGGCAGUCGCAGUGACUAUAACUUAGAUCUCAAAACAGCGUAGCUGCGGGGGGAGGGGUGUGAUGUUUAGGGCUGCGUGUCCCCACCCCGACUCUGUGCUCCUCGCCGGACCGCAAGGGCAGGAGAAAGCUCCCUGGCGGCGGCCCAGUUUCCGUGGUGCUAAUUGUCCUUGAACUGGAGACGAGCGCAUUCUCGGGGGUGUCACUUGUCGCCAGCCCGUCUCCCUCUGCCGCUGCACCUGUUUCAGAUCUGUCACAGGGGCCAUCCUAUUUUCUGCUUUUAAAGAGGCAGAUUACCCGCUGAUGGUGUAACUGGAAGCGUCUUCCUUGGGGUCCUGCAGAGCCCUGCGGCUGGGCAACGCCUCCUGCUCAGAGCGGAGUUUUGCUUGGGAAGGUGCUCGCGCUGGGUCAGGGGAGGGAAGGCGGAGAUGGACUUAUCACUUAGAAGAAAAGACGUCUGGAUCAUAGGCAGCGUGUGCCUUCUCUCGUCUCCCAUCCUCUGGCGUGUGCUCCGGUCCGUGAUGACACGGGGUGGUCGCAGACAGGCGCCUGCCCUUGAGGACACGCAGGCUAAGGAGCAGGUGUGCUCACACCCUGGCCUGAAGGAAACAGCACCAGCCAAAGGCAAAAGGACAGCACCUCCCACAGACGAGGCCCGGGCACCGCCUGCGCCGUUUGAUCACCGCAUCGUGACAGCCAGGCAGGCCGCGGUCAACAGCUUCUACACCGUGAGCAGAACCGAAAUCUUAGGAGGGGGGCGCUUCGGCCAGGUUCACAAGUGUGAGGAGAAAGCCACAGGUCUGAAGCUGGCGGCCAAGAUCAUCAAGACCAGAGGCAUGAAGGACAAGGAUGAAGUGAAGAAUGAGAUCAACAUCAUGAACCAGCUGGACCACGUGAACCUCGUUCAGCUCUACGACGCCUUCGAGUCUAAGAACGACAUCGUCCUGGUCAUGGAGUAUGUGGACGGAGGGGAGCUCUUCGACCGCAUCAUUGAUGACAACUACAAUCUGACCGAGCUUGAUACCAUCCUGUUCAUCAGGCAGAUAUGUGAGGGGAUAAGACACAUGCAUCAGAUGUACGUCCUCCACUUAGACCUGAAGCCUGAGAACAUCCUGUGUGUGAAUCGGGAUACUAAACAAAUAAAAAUUAUUGACUUUGGAUUGGCCAGAAGAUACAAACCCAGAGAGAAGCUGAAGGUGAACUUCGGAACGCCAGAGUUCCUCGCCCCUGAAGUUGUGAACUAUGGUUUUGUUUCCUUUUCCACGGACAUGUGGAGCGUGGGAGUCAUCACUUACAUGCUACUCAGCGGUUUGUCCCCCUUCCUGGGAGAUAACGACACCGAGACCCUGAACAACAUCCUGGCCUGCAGGUGGGAUCUGGAGGAUGAAGAAUUUCAGGACAUCUCGGAGGAAGCCCGGGGGUUCAUCUCCAAGCUUCUGAUCAAGGAGAAGAGGUGAUCACAUCCACUCUGU